AUGCCCCCACGUUUGCGAUCAUAUCGAGAUGUGGUGACCCCGAACCGCCACCAGAGGACCGCAGAAGAAGAGUUCCGCAAUCCCUCAUUCGAGGAUUUUGCGUGGUACCGCCGCGCCGUUGCACAGCGGGAGGAGGCUGAGAGGAGGGCAAGGGGAGAGGAGACGAAAGAGGAGCGGAGAAUAAGGGUCGACACCGAAAGGCAGAAUCAGAUAAGAGAGGAAGAGCGUAGGGUAGCAGAGGAAAGGGCAGAAAGACAGAGGCAAAUAGCGAACAUGACGCCCAAGCAGAAACGAGAGCUCCAGAGACGAGAGAGGGACGAACGCGCCGAGCGCCGGGCCAGCGAACGCUCUGUUCAUUUCACCCCACCUGACAAGGCCGCUCCUCCACCUGGGCGGGAGAUGCCGUGUCAGUUCCCAGCCCGCUCUCCCGAACGAACGCCAGGAAACCGGACCGAAACCGCCGCCACCGCCAACACCACCUCCGCUCCACAGACUCCACAGCGCUCUCAGACGAAUGACAUGUCGCCGGCCGACUCUCCCAUGGACGUCGACACACCGUCAUACGCCGGUCGCUUCACCGGUGUUCCAAACCUUGUGCUCCCACCUGGCCCACAGGUACUUAGGGAACUGCGUCGCUUGCGUCACUGGUGCACCCCAGGCUUCCUCGCCCCCCCUGGAGCGGAGUACAAGUGGGUCGAGGAGACCUAUGAGGGCGGGGAUGAAGAUGAGGAUAACGAGGACGAUGAGGACGACGAGUCUGAGGAGAGCGAGCCCGCUCUGCCACCACCGGAAGCUACCUACAGGGCUCCACGUUCUGAGGCAGGAGACUCCAUCUACAGCGAUACGACAUCUGUAGCUGAAUCCUGGGUUCCGCACUGGAACUUCACCCGUCGUCUUCGGAGCUUCCUCCUGAGCCGCAGUGACUUGUGGCUCGGGCUUCUCUGUUUCAUCGUCUGCUUGAUUCCCCUCUCGGCACUGGGAGCUGCGACGUGGUAUUACUGGCCGCUAAUCUGGUCCGUUCUGCUGGAUCGGUGGCAGCAGGUGUUCUUCGCCUUCUUGCUCCUCAUCCCCUUCGUCUGGGUCGCGCACGUUCGCUGGAACCGGUGCGCACACGGCCUGUCUAAUCGUCACAAGUACUGUCGUGCCUGCACCACAUGCCACGACCUGUGGGACGAUAAAUGUACCUACAUCGACAAGGCGGUUGAGGCGCAGCAGAGUCCGCCCCAGCUCUUCGUCCAUGGGCCGGAGGGGGACAUGCACUGGGCAGACGCCGAGAUCCAGGCCACGCGCAGGGCGCAGGAGGCAGCGGAGCGAUACAGGAUGAGGAAGCAGGAGGAGCAGCAAAGACGGGAGGCAGAGUCUGUCAAGGGGCUGAUCAACCGACCCAUCGAUUUCUCCGGACACAAGACCUUCGGCGAACUUCUCGCUAUAGCGGCUUGGGGUAUCCUCGGCACGGCCUGGUUCGUUGCGAAGUGGGGCGUGCCUCUAGCCAUCGUAGGAUGGUAUCUCUGGGCCUACGUCCUGCCUUCGAGGGAGUGUGCUUGCCCCUCUCCCGCGACGUUCUGUGAGGUCCGAUCAGACUUAUCUUCGCGUCGCAAGAGCUACGCGACCUCCACCGAAAUUGAACUCACCUCCACUUCUCCUUCCCUGCUCCUCUCAUCUUCUUCAUCUCGACCGAUAUCGACAACGACAGCGAUGGCGCGGGCGCCGCCGAUCGACGCGCUCAAGUUUCUCUCGUCGCGUAGGCGAGCUAUAGUUGCUGAGGCGCCGCCCGAACUCCGCGAGGUAUACGCUUGGGUUCUACUCGCCAAGCGCCAGUCGACGUUCAGGUCGCGUAAUCCAGCUUGUCGGAAGUGCACAAAGCGCGGCUGGCCGUGCAUCGAUCCUGUCCAGCCAGGUAAGCAGAGAAGAUGCGAGGGAUGCUAUCGGUCGGGGAGCCGGUGCGUCAUGCCCCAUCCUGGCGAAGUGAGCGCCGCCUCGACACCCAGAAGGUCGAUCCUCGAGACAUUCGGCGGCGAAUCGGACGACGAUAUCAUGGACGUAGACGACGAGAUUGAAGAUGACCUGGACGAUCUGCAGGAAGAGGGAGGAGUCAUGGUCGUCGACCCCGAUGCAGAGGCCGAGCAGUUCUUCACGGCUGUCAACGAACAAGAGUCGGAUUCCGACUCUGAGAUCGAGUUCGUCUCCAUGACAGGACCAGGACCAGCUCCGUGGGUACCGCCCACUCGCGCUUCUCAAACAUCCUCUCGAUCGAGAAGUCAAGCGACCCAGUCUGCGACCUCCGCUUCCCAGCCGAUCGUCCAACCACCUAUUCAACCAAUCUCUCAACCUGUAACCAACCCGACCCCUCCUCCUACGCCACCUCCGUCGCGACCACAGCCCCAUCAGCUGCAAGACCUGCGUUGGUCCGACACCGACGUGGAAGCGAUUUUGGACGCCGCAGGACGACACGCAGACGCCUCCAGCGUUCUGCUGUACAAUGGCGAAGUCAAGUCGCUUCGGGGGAAGACGUUGCUCGUGGUCGUCAUCCCCGCACAAGGCGGUAUGCCGUGGCAUGUUGCUCUCUGCGAACGGACAGGGAAGAAGGCGCGACUAAUCUGCGAGAGCAACCACGACCAGAAGUCCAUGACCGACCACGCUCUAGCGCUGUUCCGUGCGAUGGGGUGCCGCAUCGACAACUUUGGUGCCUUCGCCCUCGACCGCCUUGGCGUGCCGGGGCCAGUUUGGACUUCCAUCGCAGCCAUUUGGCUUACGCGAAAGGGACGGAGGCCGCUUCCGCAACUGACGCAGCUGAGUAUCCGCGAGGAGUACGUUCUCCGAGAUAUCAACUGCCUGCUGCGAGUCGGAUACUGGCAGGGCCAGUGUACGGUAUUCCGCCCCAUCUUCCGACCAACUCAGCCACAAGCGCGAGUCGAUGCUGUCCAAGAGCCGAAGGAGACGGACUCGCUGCUUCAGCCACAGCAGGUGACCCCCAGUACCACUGCCGGUCCCACUACGCGGCAGGAAUCAAUCGAGCCCGAGAUCAAACCCGAGUAUGUCAACGACGGCUCGGAAAGCGAAGCCUCCGAGCAACCGGGAGAGCGCACCUCCUACUACGGCAUUGACUUCUCCGAGGAAGGCGUCGGUAAGCUUCUCAAGAGUGCUUCGGAGACAGCGGAUAAGAAGUGCCUCAUUAUCUACGACAACGAGAAGAAGUUCCUGCAAGGCGCAGAGCAGGUGAUCCUCGUCUUUCCGCCUCGCAACGGUCUGCCCUGGCACCUCGGUGUCUGCCACCGACCGUCACAGAAGACGCGGUUGAUUUGCCCUGUUCGCGAAGCUGAUCCGGAAGUCAUGCUUGCACACAUCAAGGAGCGGUUCCUUGCCUUCCCGUCUCUGCGGUGCGACAUGAGUGACCUCGCCGCGGUGGAGCUGCCCCGUCGACUCGGCAAGGUGCCGGUAGGUGGCUGGGCAGCCAUUAUCGCCAUUUGGCUCAGUCGCGGAAACAGCGUCGACAAGCUUGCUGACAGCCCGCGCAUCCGCAAGAAGCUGAUGCGGAAAGAUCUGUACCUGAUCUUGGAAGGCAACCAGUGGGCGGAUAAGUGCUUUAGGACGGGCUACAAAGAGCGCCGUCGUACACGCGCUGUGGAGAAGGUCAAAGAGGAGAUGAAAGAGGAGGCGCGGAGAGACCACGCCAAGUCGUCAUCGCGAAGGAGGCGACAACGCGGGGACAGCGACCGCCAAAGGCAGCGCCAUGCUACAGCCGACAGCGAGGAGCGUGCAUUGAACGCAGAGCCGUGCCCGAGGACCCCGGUUUUCCGGACGCACGCGACGCAGCCCAUCACCAUCCGCAUUUAG